UAAACUGGGAAAAUAAAAAAGUUGAAGCUUCAAGAUAAAAUCCGGGUUGUGUGUAUUGGUGAGGUAGGGUUAACUUAUCAAUAUUUCAGUUUUUACAAAAAUCACGUUAAAAUAAUAAUUCAAAGUUUUUUUUCAAUUAUUUACGUAAUUUCAAUUUAUUAUGAAUUUUGAACUUCUAAUUUAUUACGGUCUGUAAUAUUCCAUGAUAUUACUUCCAACCAAGCAAAUCUGUUUUAAAUCGUAAGGGUUUUCUGUCAAGUGAAAUGGAUAAUGAUUGAGCUGUUAAGCGGCAUUUAGUAAAUAUCAUUGUAAAUUCACAUAUUGUUCAGUGAGUUCAAGCAUUCUCUGAAACGUAUCGGUUUUGCUCAUCUAUUUUUAUCCCAAUCGAUAACUUUUAUAUUUUCAAAUGGUGUGAACAGAAUUGAAGAUAAUGUUUUGGCUGAAAGUUGGUGCUGCAAGAAAACUAGAACGUUUCUUUGAUAAGACAUAGGCAAGAACUGUGAAAAAUGAUUUUCAUGAUGAGACUGUUGAUGGCAGCUACUGACUGAAGGAGGGCGAUAGUGAGGAAGUAUGGCGGCGGGAGGAAGCGGUAGGGGCGGGGCGGGGACGUCGUCACACAGCUUGGCGCACAUCGCGACGCCGCAGCGCAGUCGGCCGAUGAAGCGGCAACACCCGGCCGUGCUGAACGGCAUCGGCGGCUCCUACGAGGACAAGACCAUCGACUACCUCUGUCUCUGCUUUGAACUCAUCGAAGAGGCUCACAUCACCCGCUGCGGUCACACCUUCUGCUACGCCUGCAUUUCCAAGUCGCUUGAGAUCAACGGUCGCUGUCCCAAGUGCAGUUUCACACUGGGCAGCCACGAGCACAUCUUCCCCAACUUCCUACUCAACGAACUGGUCUCCAAAUACAAGAGCCGCGUGAAAGGAGCCGUCGAACUGGGCCUCUCCACCGACUCGGCCAGCUCGGACGCGCCUCCCGACGGCCUGCGUGACUUUGUCGCCACAGAGUCGCACACCCUCUCUCUGCCCGACGUCAAUGUCAUGCUCGAAGUCCUCACACAACGCAAACACCUCCUAGAAGCUGAAUCGUGUGCAGCUCAGAACAAACUACUCCACGAAUUUCUCAAACAUCUUUUACGGCAGAAGGAAAGCCAGCUGGUGCAAUUGAAAAAAGAAGUGGCACUCAUAAAAAAAGACAUGGAAGAGGUUGAAGGCAUUCUUAAAGAUGUGGAUGAAAGUGUGAGGCCACUUUCACUGGAGCUGGAGAGCGGUGCAGAAAGCUCGGACAGUGUGAUGGCUGUGAACGAUGUGCCGCCGCGAACCAUCAAACGAGAACUGUCUGACAGUGGUGGUGGCACCGACUCGUCGGCCAAAGAACAAGGCUCCAGCAUUGAAGGCUUCAACGGCAACUCCAAACUAAGAGACCCGAUCGGCUCAACUCUUCCAAUGCGUAGGAAACGAAUGCACGCACAUUUUGAUGAUUUUGUCCAAUGCUACCUCACCUCUCGCGCCCAGGAUCUCAUUUUUGGUAAAUCAGAUACCAAGCAGCCAGUGGACAAUACCACGGCCGGCUCAUCUGUAUCUUCCAAUUCCGGCUUGGAUGUAUUCCGGGAGAAUUUAGUUAAAUUUUCAAGAUAUAAUUCUUUACGUCCUUUAGCAACAUUGAAUUACUCUACUGAUAUUUUUAAUAAUUCUACUAUUGUGUCAAGUAUAGAGUUUGACAAAGACAAUGAGCUUUUCGCCAUAGCGGGAGUGACGAAAAGAAUAAAAGUUUUCGACUAUGGCGCAGUUAUAAGAGAUACUGUUGACGUACACUAUCCAUGCAUAGAAAUGAUAUCCAAUUCGAAAAUAUCAUGUAUAAGCUGGAACAGCUAUCAUAAGGCAACGCUGGCCAGCAGUGACUAUGAGGGCACAGUGACCGUGUGGGAUGCCAGCAUAGGACAGAGGACCAAGACGUUCCAGGAGCAUCAGAAGAGGUGCUGGAGUGUUGACUUUAACGAUGUCGACACUCGGCUCAUAGCUUCUGGCUCUGAUGACGCCAAGGUCAAACUGUGGUCACUCAAUAUGGAGCAUUCUGUCGCCUCUCUAGAAGCCAAGGCCAAUGUCUGCUGUGUCAAAUUCAACCCAAGAAGCUCUUGCCAUCUAGCCUUUGGCUCAGCCGAUCAUUGUGUACAUUACUACGAUUUGAGGAAUAUGAAAGAGGCGUUGACCAUAUUCAAAGGCCAUAGAAAAGCGGUAUCCUAUGUCAAGUUCCUUAAUAGAGAAGAAAUAGUUUCUGCAUCGACUGAUAGUCAAUUGAAAAUGUGGAAUGUUAACAAUCCACACUGCUUACGCUCAUUUGUUGGUCAUAUCAAUGACAAGAAUUUUGUUGGUCUAGCUACAGAUGGUGAUUACAUAGCCUCUGGCUCGGAAAAUAACAGCUUGUAUGUCUAUUACAAAGGUCUCACUAAACAGCUAUUCAGUUUCAAAUUCGACGCAAUGAGAAGCGUUCUAGAGAAGGAUCGGAAGGAAGAUGAUGUGAACGAGUUUGUGUCGGCCGUCUGUUGGCGUCAGUUGUCCAAUGUAGUUGUUGCUGCCAAUAGUCAGGGCAUCAUCAAAAUUCUAGAGCUGGUCUGAAUGUUGAACCCAUUCUAAGGCCAAUAGACCAACUUGGUUUAAUAGUUUGCAAAAAUCGAUCAGCAGUCAAUGCUAGCUAGUUAGAUCCACUUACACGACUGUCCCAACAAUAUUCCUAUUGAAUAAACAAUCUUGCUGAUUCAGCCUCGCUAUCUGAAAUGUAAGUAAUGUCGAUCUGUGCUAGUCGAACAAACAUUCAAAGAUAUAGUUUCUAGUAACUUAGAAAUUAGUUUCCUAGUUGAAAGUUCAAUGGCACUUCAAUAAUCUGUAAAGUUGACCUCAAGAGACAAAAAGUAGUUAUUUCUUCAAUCGCUGUAUCUGGAUCCAUUUUGGAUUUCAAAUACCUGAACUUUUUUCAGAGUUGAUGGAAAAUUAUUUUUGAAGCACAAAUGACAGAGUUUUUAUUUUUGAACUUUAUACACAAGCAAAACACCAAUAGCGUCAACAUAAACAUUGAUAACCACAUAAUAUUUUGACAAAUUUUUCAAAGUAUUUCAGAAAACUUUUCUCCAGUGGCAUUUACUUUGAAUUGAGUCAAUUCAACGCAUAUCAUAUUUGAAGAAAAUUAGUCGAGCUGCUACUUUGAUUAAUUUAAAAAUUAGUUUUUAGCGACGUCACACUCAAUAAUUAGUAAAAUAAUUUAUUCAUCCAUAACAAUAGGCAAAGUACAUUGUUAUGGCAAAGUUCAUUCGUAAUGGAAUUUCAAAUAAUGUUAUUAAUAUCUAAUUUCUCUCAUUUUUAAGCGAUUCGACUGACAACAGUGAGCAGUGUACGGGAUUGUCUGUUCUCCAUCUUUGAUCCAAUUGAACGAAGCUAUUGUGAGUCUAUUUACUUGCAGAGUUUUUUCUGUAUUAUCUGUAGAUUUCACCUUGAAUUGAGUCCCAUUUGAAAUUAAAUAUGCAAUGAAUUGGGCCCAUGUAACAUCCUUCACUUUUCUACACACUUGAAAUAGUUGAAUAGUUGAAACAGUACUCCACUAUGUAAAGUAGGCGAUUAUGUAUGUCCGUUUGUCGUAAUGAUUUCAUUUAUAAGUUAAUGGGUGCUUUUCAUGUUGAUUUUGAAUUGAUAAGUAUUUCUAUAGUUAUUAUCCACUUUUAGACUCAGUAGCCGUACAGGCUCUUUGAUUAAGCCACAACUUAUUUAUUUCAAUGUUGUGCCAUAAUACAAAAGGACGCAUACAAUAUCUUAUUUAGAAUUAAUGUGAGCUUUAGGUGUUCUUGAAUUUUUAUUUGAAUUAGUUUUAAAAGCUUUUAUGUUGCAAAUAUAGACAAGGUGUCUUAAUCAAAAGCAUCUAAAUGUUGAAUUAAAAUCUAAACGUCAUCACACAAUUUAUACAUGUGAUUAUGAUGUGCUGAUAUACAGCCAGUCAUUCCAUGGAGUUUAUGCUCAUGCUCUAGAAUAACCUAGAUAAUACAAGUGAGAAUCGGUUAAUAAAAUGAUAGAAUUAAAUACCAAUUUAACAAAUUUUAUUGAUGGUUUUUAGCUAUUUAAAAAAUGUUUAUAAACGGUUCAUCAAUGAUAUACUAGGAUUAGGUACCCGUUAUUGAGACUUGAAACCUGAUCAAUUUUAUAUCGCCAAGGUUACGCGCAUUUUCAUUAAUUCAGUUUUGUUCUAGAACAUCAAAAGCGUUUAAUAGUUAUCAAUUACUUAAUUCAAUUAGAUCCAAGCAAAUAAUCAAAACAUAUUCAUUAUUUAUAGAACAGUUCUGAAUUCUUUCACAGUGCACUUCUAUAGAAUUCCCAAUCACGUUGAUACAAAUUUCUAAGAUCUUGAUCUUGCACCGUUCUGCAGUUGAAGAUUUGUGAAUUCUGUUUCUGACUGUUUUUACAAUUUUACUGUUUGGAAAAACUAAUGCUCACAUAAUUUAUAAUAUUCUUUUGAAUAAAAUUAGGCGAUUGAAUAAAUAGUGGUCUUGAAACUUAUCCUUACUAUAUUAUUUUUACACUAAAUUUUUAAUUUAUAUAUACUUAGUACAUCAUAAUUUGCAUUCCUAUUUUCAGUAAUGUUUCUCAAUAGUAUAUCAGCUAUCGACCAAAAAUGCACUUAACUGUUGAAAAUUAAAUUUUAUUAUUUCUCAUCAAAUCUCGAAAUUUUUGUGUAAUAACUUGUAGAUUAUCAUGUUAUUUAUUAUGUGUUCUACAGAGUAUAAUAGUAUGGUCAUAAGAAAAACAAUCGGCACUCUUUUGUGUCACUAAUCACUGUAUUUAGUGAAACAUUUCACAUCUAUUACAUGAUUCAGUAUUGAUAAGAAAAUACUGAUGUAAGACUUAGAUCAAUAUAUCACUGUAUAUUAUGAGUAAAUUAUUGUAUUCGUAUUGUAUAAUAAAGUUGUUAAUAUCACUGUAAUAAAACUUAUUUUUUAUAUUUUCUUUAUUGUUUUGUUGUAAAAAUAAAUGUGUCACGUUACAAA